AUGGAGGCCUGGCUGGAGACGCGCUGGGCGCGGCCCUUGUACCUCGCGUUCGUGUUCUGCCUCGCUCUGGGGCUGCUGCAGGUUAUGAAGCUCUACCUGCGGAGGCAACGGCUACUGCGGGACCUGCGACCCUUCCCCGCGCCCCCAGCCCACUGGUUCCACGGGCACCAGAAGUUUCUUCAGGACAAUAAAAUGGAGAAGCUGGAAGAGUUUGUCGAAAAUUAUCCCCGUGCUUUUCCUUGUUGGGUUGGACCCUUUCAGGCAUUUUUCUUGAUCUAUGACCCAGACUAUGCAAAGACAUUUCUGAGCAGGACAGAUCUCAAGUCCCAGUACCUGUCCAAGUUCAUGACUCCAUGCCUUGGAAAAGGACUAGUCAAUCUAAAUGGACCCAAGUGGUUCCAGCAUCGUCGCCUACUGACUCCAGGAUUCCACUUUGACAUCCUGAAAACAUACAUUGAGGUGAUGACUUACUCUGUGAACACAAUGCUGGGCAAGUGGGAGAAGAUUCGCAGUGCUCAGGACACGACCUUGGAGGUAUAUGAGCACAUCAGUUUGAUGGCCCUGGACAUAAUCAUGAAAUGUGCUUUUAGCCAGGAGACCAACUGCCAGAUAAACAGCACCUGUGAUCCUUGUGUAAAAGCAAUGCUUGAAAUGGGAAAAAUAGUAUUUCACCGUUUGUACAAUUUCCUACAUCACCAUGACAUAAUUUUCAAAUUCAGUCCUCAGGGAUACCGCUUCCAAAAGUUAAGCCAAGUGCUGAAUCAGUACACAGAAAAGGUACUGAAGGACAGAAGGAUAUCAAUCAAGGAGGGGGUGAAGCAGGAUGGCACUCAGAAGAGGGAGUACCAGGAUUUCUUGGAUAUUAUCCUUUCUGCUCAGAGUGAGAGUGAAGACAGCUUCUCAGAUGCCGACCUACAGUCUGAGGUGAACACAUUCCUAUUGGCAGGGCACAGCACCACAGCCGCAAGCCUCUCUUGGCUCCUCUACUGCCUGGCUUGGAACCCUGAGCACCAAGAAAGAUGCCGGGAGGAGAUCAGGGACAUCCUGGGGAAAGGGUCUUCCAUCACCUGGGACCAGCUGAGCGAGCUGUCGUACACUGAAAUGUGCAUCAGUGAGGCAUUUCGCCUGAUUCCUCCUGUCCCAUCCAUUUCCAGAGAACUCAACAAGCCCCUCACCUUCCCAGAUGGAUGCUCGUUGCCUGCAGGAAUGAUCGUGGUCCUCAGUAUUUGGGGUCUUCACCACAACCCUGAUGUCUGGAAAAAUCCAAAGGUGUUUGACCCUUUGAGGUUUUCUAAGGAGAAUUCUGAUCAGAGACACCCUCAUGCCUUUUUACCAUUCUCAGCUGGACCAAGGAACUGCAUAGGGCAGCAGUUUGCCAUGCUCGAGUUGAAGGUGGCCAUCGCCUUGAUUCUGCUCCGUUUCAAAGUGACUGCAGCAUCUCCCACACCUCUGCUCUUCUUGAACAACGUCAUCCUCCAACCCAAGAAUGGGAUCCACUUGCACUUAGAGAAACUGCCUGAAUGUCCAAUCCUAAAGCACAAUGGCUAA